AUGCCCUCCAGCUCCUCCCGCUCCUCUACCCAUCGAGGAAAGCACGGAAAAUCCUCCUCGUCUUCAUCCUCGUCUCACAAGCGCUCCUCUAAGGCCACAAGCAAGCCUAGCAACAGCGUUGUCAAGGCUUCUGAACAAGACAUCUACCACCAAGAGAAUGCCUUUUUGUGGCAAGAUGUCAAGUCCACAGAAGGGAAUCCUAGCGCACUCGUCCUUGCUCUUGUAGCACCAGAGCAGCGAAAGGCUAUGAAAAAGCUUAUUGAUGAUAAGGUUAAGAAGAAAAAGAUUCGAUCGUCCGUCAUAGUCACUACCCAAGAUCAACUCCAAGAGCAUCUCGGAAGCGCUAUGACUAACAGCAUCGCCUCCAAGAAAGCCUUCAAGACUUUACAUCUCCUUGUGAGCUCUACGGUCGCUCAGUUGACAUACAACAUCGAAGGUUUUGUCGACCAAGUCUUCAUCAGGCCUUGCGGAGCUGGCGGGCGGCCAGAUGCACUUCGGAUCGGAAGCUCCUCAACUUACUGUGGUUUCAAAACCUACGCAUGGGACGCCCGCCCUUAUCAUCUCCAGCAGAGUAACAAGGAGUUGACCCACCUUGAGGGCUGCAACUUUGACAUCAGUGACUGUUCACAGGAAGCCAUUCGCCUUCUUCAGCAGCCCAGAGAAGCUGGCGAUCUUUCGCAUGAUGAGAAAUACAACGUCAUGCAGAAAUUCCAAGAGCUGAGGGACACAGAAGUCAGUGAGAACGCUAGAGACCCAUCUAAUAGCUGCGCUGAUGGCACAGAAACUUGGUUCCAGAAGUGGAAGGGCCUUCUAGCCACAGUUAUGGCAGCUGGCGCGGGUGCAGCUGGCAUGGCCAGCGGCUUCUGGAUGAGUGCUGGGGGGGUCAUGGUAAAAGGCCCUUACGGACUCUAUCUGGCCGCCGGGUAUGCUACAGUAGGUGGUUUCGGAGCGGUUGGUGCUGCUGGAACUGGCUCAGCAGUCGCCGCUUAUGGUAUGGUUUACUUUAUUCCCUGGGAUCGCGUUUGGGAUCUCCUUCGAGAAAAGCUUUGGCAGAUUUGGGAUAAGAUCUGGGAAGUUCUUGUUUGGAUCAAGGACAAGCUGGCCGAAUUGGCUAGUACUGUUCUUACCAAAGUGUCGUUGCUUGUUCAGGGUGCUCCAAAGCCUGCUCGGCUUUCGAUGUGA